GAAGACGUUACAGGCGAGAAUCGCAUUCAAACAGGUGUGAGGAGCUGAGACAAUCCCAGGUGGCGCAUGUUGAUCGGAUAUGUGGCCACGCAGGAGCGCAUCGUGAGCAUUUUUGCGCUUAUUUUUUUUUUCCUUUCUUUUAAGGGGUUGAGCAACCCGCAUCCGAAAAUAGUGUUGGCUGUUAGAAAGUAGGUCGAUAGGAACUGAGAGCGACGUUUGUUUCCGCGCUUUUGUCUGUGUUCUUUGUUGUUUAGCGAGGACUGUGGGUUUUUUUUUCCAGCCUACCCUUUAGUGAGGAGCGUUUUACGCACAGGUGGGAGAUACCCGCUCAGCGUACUGUAGGACAGCCCCCCUCUCCUCUCUGCUCCUCAGCGGAUGAUGUGAGGAAGUGACAUUUUUCACCGCUGCGGUUCGGGACAGCACUGCUCCGCUGCAAACAGGUGUGCUACUGUCCGGGUCACUCGUGCAGGGAAACCACAGAGAGGCAGCGUCCCAAAGCCGGAACCAAGCCUCCAGGACGCGGGACAGCGGGGACCACAGGAGGAGAAUCAGCCGGCUCAAGUCUUUUUCCUUUAUUAGCCUGGGCUGUUUGAACGGGAUCAGAGAGAGAGAGAGAGAGAGAGAGAGAGAGAGAGAGAGAGAGAGAGAGAGAGAGAGAGAGAGAGGAGAGGGAGCGAUGGCAACGAAAAAGGCGUGCGUGGAUGCGCCCAAAAGGAGCCGGAGUCCGGUCGUGUUGGAGGCGGAGAUGUUCAGUGAAUUUCAGGACUGGUGUCUCCGGACUUAUGGAGACUCCGGUAAGACAAAGACCGUCACCCGGAGAAAAUAUAACAAAAUCAUGCAGACACUGUUGCAGAACGACGAGUCGGACGGCGUCUAUAUCGACAACAGCCACAUCAACGCCAAAUUCAAAUUCUGGGUGAAGUCUAAAGGAUUUCAGGUCGGAACCAACGUGCUGGGAGAGCACAACAAGAAGGGAGCUCCAGGGAAACCCGUCCUAUACGUCCCGGUCAAGUCAACGUGUUCAGAUGGGAACUCGGCCCAGGACAACUCGUCCCUGAAGCGUGUAGCUGUGGUAGAAGACUUCUUUGACAUCAUCUAUGCCAUGCACGUGGAGAUGGGAGCCGACCCUGGCAGAGCACCCAAACAUGCCGGCCAGAAGAAGACCUACAAAGCGAUAGCAGAGACCUACGCCUUCCUGCCCAGAGAGGCGGUGACUCGGUUCCUAAUGAGCUGUGGAGAGUGUCAGAAGAGGAUGCACAUCAACCCCAGCACUGCAGAGUUCAAAGAAAAUGACAGACCGACCUCCCUGGUCCCGGACCUCAUUGAUUACAACAUGCCUCUUACUGCCACCUACCUGAAGCAGAUGAAACUGCAGUGCAUGACUGCUCCAGAGAGGGAUGACAGUUCGGUGAGCAGCGAGGAGAUGAACAGUGCUGAACCCACGUGGGUCGCAACUGAGCAGCCCCCAGUGCCUGAGCCCAGUCCACCAAACGGAGACAGAGUCAGCAACUCAACAGCCAACGUUAAAGAGGAGGAUGAUGACGACUCCUCAGAGAGCGGCAGUGCCAAUGGGCUGCCGGCCCUGACCUCCCCGGAGGUACUGGCUGUGGGUGGGAACCCCCCAGAUGGUGGGGCCCCAUACGGGGAGGUGACAGAGAAUGGGUUGAGCGCUCCCCUGGACUUCAGCACCACCUCGCCCUCGUCCUCCUCAGAGGAUCAGCAGCCGGUCAAUCUGAGCGACAGACUGCUGCCGGCGGGGAACACGACUCCGAACUCUUACCCUGCAGACCCCAACAGGAAGUACCCAGUCAAAACCGAGUACUCUAACAAGUCCCCUCCUUACAGCUCAGGAAGCUAUGACUCUGUGAAAACUGAACUGAGCAUGAGCGCAGAGGACUUGACCUCUGGUCGGGCACAGAUAAUUGACGACGACGAUGACGAUCAUGACGACCACGAUGACAGUGACAAAAUCAAUGACGCUGAGGGUAUGGACCCUGAAAGACUCAAAGCCUUCAAUAUGUUUGUGCGUCUGUUCGUGGAUGAGAAUCUGGACCGCAUGGUGCCCAUCUCCAAACAGCCCAAGGAGAAGAUCCAGGCCAUCAUCGAGUCCUGUAGCCGCCAAUUCCCAGAGUUCCAGGAGCGCUCACGCAAACGCAUCCGCACCUACCUCAAAUCCUGUCGCCGCAUGAAAAAAGGCGGUUUCGAGAUCCGACCAACACCUCCUCACCUCACCUCUGCCAUGGCUGAGAACAUCCUCGCUGCUGCCUGUGACAACGAAACCCGAAAUGCUGCCAAAAGGAUGCGGCUCGACGUGUACCCAGCGACGGAUGAACCCGCCUCCGUUGACAAGCCCGUCUCGAGGGAUCCCGCCUCUGUGGCUCCGACAGCAUUCUCCAUCUCCACUGCAGCUUUUGCCCAAGACCAGCUCUACACCAACGGAGGCCUCAACUACAGCCUGCGAGGAUACGGGACAGUCGGCAGCAACCAGCAGAACUCUGCAGCUGCACAAACCAAUGGUCCCACAGAUCUGAGUAUGAAGUCAGUCGGCCCAAACUCCACCUCCAGCUCCAACAGUCACGGUCAGGGCGGUGGGGGCGGUGGAGCUUCGGCUCAGCUCAGCCCUCCGGAGGUCACGGCGGUGAGGCAGCUCAUCGCGGGAUACCGGGAGUCUGCCGCCUUCCUUCUCCGCUCAGCAGACGAGCUGGAAAACCUGAUCCUGCAACAGAACUGAGACCCGUCCUGUCGCUCUCUGUCGGUCUCACACAUCCGGGCAGACUUGCAUACAAAGACACAAACGUACACGAGUGAUACUGCAGUGCACAGUGGGUCCUGUAGGUAUGGUACCUUUGCUUAUUCCCACAUGUUUCUGUAUUCGGACAGGCCAGAACAUAUCACAGGCUGAAAAACGUUUAUUUAUGCAUUUGGUUCACUUUGACCUUAGUGCCCUGUUAUCUGUAGCCAUUCACCCCAUUCAGCUCAUUUUACCACUUCAACCUCCAUCCGUCUCAGGAAGCGAUGAUCUAUGUGAAAAAAUGACCUGCACUGGUACACAGGGGAGUACCUAAAGUGUUAGCUGUGUCUAUAACGCCACAUUGGCCCAUUUGUGCAGAUGUUUGGACAAAUUUGUGGGUAAAUAUCAGUGAUUUAGUGUCAGUAACUUUUUUUCUAUCUUAACACAGAUGUAAAAUAUGCUGUACAGUGGCAUGAUUUGAUCGGGUCGUCUCCCUAAAUUCUCUUCUGCGUCUUCUCGCUUUUCUGAACGUCCAUAGAUGAAUCGCUGCUAAAUCCACUGACCUGUUAACCUCAACAGCUACUGAAGGACGUGGUGACUCGCAAAAAAUAAAGGAAAAACAUAAACGUAGAGAAAGACAAAUAAAAAUAGGACAGUGUUUGACAGUUUUCACCUGUAAAUUUUGACCAACAGAUCUGUCAUAAAAAAAAAAUAUACCUCGAUCCUGCUCUGUUGGAGUUGUUUCCAGAUUCAAGAGACAAAGACUCAUUACCCAACGUGACUUCAUUUUCAGUUAUUUUAUCAAGAAUAUUUCUAUCACAGGCGAUUUGUCAUUAAACAGGAAGGAGGCUUUUACGAAGCAUGGGUAUGCAAAUUGAGGUCACAGACACCUGUCAGGGAAAUAAGGAGAUUAAUAUAUUGUUUAGACUCUUGGUUUUUAUAACCUGGAAGAGUGGAAAAAGGUGCAAUAUAGAAGAUAAUCAGUAAUGAUGAGUUUACUGAGAUGAAUCUGUCAGAAGCGUUUAAAGGCAUAAAAGAGGGGAGUACUUUACCACAAUCUUCUCCUGCUGUAACUGUAAAAAGAAAAAAAAAAAUAAGAAAAGAUAUCCCAUGCAGCAUUGUAGCCGAUUUCAAUGUUGUUGUUUGUCGUGAAUACUGAUCGUUAUCGCUCACCUCAUAACUGAGGCACUUUCUUGUAUUGGGAUCAGUCAUCCAUCGUGAGAAAAGGAAAUGGUACCUGGCAGAAAAAUGAGACUUAAUGUUGCACGUCUUUUUUUUUUUUACUUUAAGGUGAUUUUGUGAAGGAAUUGUUCUGUGAGUGUUUUUUUUAAGUUGAAGAGGGCACAACGAGCUCACAUGCACCUGUUUAGGCUUUACCGGAUGCAGUGAGUGUGUGUGUGUGUGUGUGUGUGAGUGUGUGUGGGUUGCUCAGACAAAACAAACUCCGUCCGUCCGUCCGUCCGUGUCGUCCCUUCUGACCUCAGCGGCGUCGAAACCCUCUCUCCUUCAUCUCCACUCACCGUCGGAAAACACACUGUUUGAAAAGAAGCAAGAGACAAUCCUUGAAAAAGAUGUAAUCACAUCACAGUUUACUCUCCCAGCUUUCUGCUAUGGUGUGUGUGUGUGUGUGUGUGUGUGUGUGUGUGUGUGUGUGUGUGUGUGGUUCUGAGGGCACACCAGAGUACUCAAAGCAGAUCUAGAGCACAGUCUCACAACAGACACUUUUAAUGGUGAGUCACUCGGCACAAAAACAGUUGUGUAAGUGUGUGUAUGUGUUGUCUUUUUUUUUUUUUUUUUUUUUAAAUGUUGUUGACGUAAGUGUUAUUGUAUUUCUUAUUUUCUGUUUGUGUAUAAGUGGAGUGACCCAGUUUGUAAAACAUCAAUCUGUGAAGAUUUAAUUCAGUCGGCUGAAAACAUUCCAAACAAGGACAAUGACUCUUCAAGCAGCCGAACGCGGCUCGCACCUUAUUGAUUUGUCAAAGUUUAGAGAGAUAUAUUUCUGUAUUUUUCACAAAUCUAUCAGUUAUUUAUCACAAAUCACCACCACAGGGCGGUUUAGAGUUGGAUUCACAUACUAAGAGACCAUUUUACAUUUUAUUACCAUGUCAUGAUUGGGCUGCGUUACAUUUAAACUAUCUAUUGCAAGUUUGGAAGCACUUUAUAGCUCAGGAUUAAGGUAACGUAACACAGUGAUUUGAGUGUGUCUUUACCUCAUUUGGAAUAUCGGCAUCAGUUCGAACACAUUGAGAACUGAUUGUAACAGAGGACAGUCUGACGCGACUCUUGCAGAAGCAGCGGUCGGUCUGCUUUAUUGAUGACUAUAAAGAGAAAAAAAAAGCUGACAGCUACUUGUUGAAAGCUUAUCGGAGCUCGGUUUGAACUCAUCAGUCGGAAUAGUCUCGCGUCAGGAGUGUUUCAAAAAGGAGGCGUUACCGUGAAGUAACAGGAGCCAGGACUGAUCUGUUUCAUGAAGCUGGUUUGGAGCUAAUUUGAGCGGUCGCAACGACAAACAAAACAGUAAGGAGACCACAAUAUUACAGCGAAACAUUAGAACGUCGUUAAAAUAAACAACCUCAAAGAGCAGUUUGCUGCAUGUCGCACAUCAGACGGGGCUCAGACUCUGGCAGAAGCGUCCUGCAUGAAUGAAAUUAAAGCAACAUUAUGUAGUAAUUCCCAAUAUCUGUAAUUUGGCAACAACAUAAGCCAGCUAAUAUCACUUUAUAUUCAGCUCAGCUCAGCUCUGCGUCUGGCUUCCGCUCCCGUCCGGUUUUUCUACUCUUAUUUUCCUCCUUCAACGUCUUGUUCAGUCUCUUCACCUCAGGCGUGAUGUUUGUUGAGCCCAGUUUCCUGCAUGAAAAGCUCCUCUGAUGGUGAUGUAAACACCGACACUCCCCGGCCGUGCUCCGAGCAGCUUUAUUCUAGCCGUAGCUACAGUACGCAGCAGUUACGUGCUGCUUUCUGGAAACUGCAUAAAUCGCAGAGAGUUGAGGCAGACGGGGAAAACAGAAAAUAUUUUGUCCAUGAAAUAUGAUCCAUUUUCACCAGAAUCAGUGAUGGUUGACAAUCAAGAAGGUGGGAAACACAAACAAAGGGAGGAAAUGAAAAGCAAAAUGUGACACAUGAGGACAGAGUUUCAAAAUAAAACAGGAAAUGUCAAAACCAAGGACUUGAACCAUGACUGCUCUAAAUAAACACAAGAGGAAAAGCAUACUCUGAAAGGAAAAGUUGACCAAAGUCAGUAUCUACUCAGCCUCGUGCAGAUGCAAAGUCAAAGUUGCAGCGUACCAAUUUUCAUUGGAAGACUAGUUAAAACCUCCUUAAUGAAACAGACGUCCCCCGCCUCACUGAAAGAAGCCUGCUUUGCUUCAUGAAACGCUCCCGCGGGCUCAGACAGACGUAAUCGUAGAUGUACGCGGGACGUGAGUCCUCGCACGUGUCUUCCUCGUCUCCUCCAAACUGCUCAUGUGUUACUGUAGCCAUAGCAGAUCCUCGACACUUCACGUCUAACUCAGUGAUGUCACAUUGAUCUCAUUCUCGCCACCGAAAACAUUUAGCUUGCAGAUGAUGAACUGUCUUAAGUCUACGCUGAGCAACGUUUUAGCUGUGUGCUGGAGUUACUGUGAUCAACGACGACCAAACGUGUUGUCAUGUUGUUGUUUUUGUUUUUGUUUUUUUUGUUGUUUUUUUUUUUCUAAUAAUGCCCAAUGGAGUUUUCUCUUUGUAUUGACUGGACAAUGUAAUCUAUUGGUGUUGAUUAAAAAUGCCCUGGUAGCUUGUGGAUUGCUAAAGUGGUCAGAUAAAUGUACUGUAUAGCUGUACAAAGAGUGAUAAAAGAUGUUUUAAACCUUUUCUUUUUUUUCUGUGGGUACAGCACUGUUAAGAAAAAAAAAUCAAAGUGGUUUUAGCCCUUGCCUGUUUUAACUUAUCAUUUGGUGGUGGUCUGUAUUACUUCUAUUGUUAUUUAUAUUAUUUCAAUUGUUGCCUCUCCUGCACUGAUAAGAGACUGUAGCUCUGUGCAGGGGGUCGUACUGUAAACCUGUGUGAAGCUUUGUAUUUUCCCCUCUGGUUUUUGGACUCAGUGAAAGUGUGAUGUUUACAUGUACAGUUUUUCAGAAUACUUUUGCGUUUUAUUCAGGCUAUGUUUCGUUCUCUCCUCACCUGAACCCCCUGGAAUCUGUGUACAUUUUGCCCAGAUAUUUUCCCUUUUUUUUUUUUUUUUUAGAUUAUUAUUAUUAUUUUUUUUCUCUCCUCUCUCUCGUCGUUUCAUUGCAUCAAGUGCAAGAUGUGACCUCUUUGACUACUCGGUCACAUGGUCAGAGUGCGCCGUGACAACUUGUUGUGGUCGGCUCGGUGUUGUGGUGGCUUCCAGCAUUUUUAAAAAAGGUAAUCUUAAGUAAAGGAAAAAAAAAAAAAGGGAGCUUCACAACUGUUCAAAGUGGACCAGCGAAGAUUUAUCAAGGAUCAAGACGACUUUAAUCAGCUGUUUUAGAAUACUAUUGUGGCCUAACUGGAGAUUGGUGGGGUGGAGGUACAUUUAUUAUACUACAUUAAGUGCUCAGAAUCUUUUAACAUCCCGGCUUUAUCGUCAGGGAAAAACUCCUUGUCCUUAACCCGACUGGUACCCUGAAAGGUACACUUUGACCUGUUGUAAUAUCUCCUCGGUGACAUAAAAGCCAUUCCCCUCUCCUGGCCUUUAAAGGGGAACCCAUAAACCUCAGGAAAUACUGAAUCUCCGAGUUUAGUUUUUAUCCACUGAUUUCUUCUGAAAUGAGAUUGAAUUCUCUAACGAAAAACCAUUAACAUUUAUAUGAGAUGUCUAUUGUUUUGUACAUUUAUCAUUGUGAUUUAAAAGUGGAGCUUUUUUCCAGUACCUGUGACUUAAUAUUUUGAUUUUUUUGGAGUGUUUAUAGGUAUGGAUAUUUAUUAUUAUAUGUGAAACUACAAAAAGACUUAAAAGAAAAGGUUGAACCUGUUUCAUUUGUAUGUUUCAUGCAAAACUGUCCAGGUGAGAUUCUCUCUGCCUCUUACAUAUCACUAACGAGGGAGCUGUGUUUGUUUGGAAAUAGCGCUUUUUCAGUGUUGCAUCAACGCUAUGAAAAAAAUAAAAAUAACAAAACAACAACAAAAAAAAAAACACCAGUGGUUUACCAACAGCAGAGUUUCAAGGCUCUCCUCUUCUCCUGAGAUGUCAGUAAUUGAAUAAAAUAGUGCGAUGAGCUAUCUAACUCAGA